AUGUCCGCUCACGAAGGUCUCCACAGGAAUUCAUUGCAGAUGGUCAACGAGGUAACAUGUCAUCUGAAGUCGGUAGAUACCCAUUACAACGGAUUCUGUAAUCUGCCAGCACAGGUUGGCGCAGGCCCGUAUCGGAUUCCCCGAUGGUUUUUUAACAGACAGGCCAAUCGAUGCGAUAUGUUUUUCUAUAGCGGCUGUGGUGGCAACGAUAAUAUUUUCAUCACCCUUGCUGCAUGUUCCGCUGUUUGUGCUGUAAAUCCUUGUACACUAUCACCAAAUCUUGGAGCAGGCGGAUACCAACAGCGAAGAUUCUUCUUUAACUUCAAUACAAGAACAUGCGAAUCAUAUUUAUUUUUUGGCGGUUACGGUAACCGCAAUAACUUCGAAUCUCUACAAGAAUGUCAGGAGGCAUGCCCAGAAGAUACUCCAUGCCGUUUCGGAAAUCCAAUGAAGUCUACGACGGGUCAGCGGAUGUUUUGCGGAUUAGAUCAGGUCAAAGAAGUUUGUCCAUGGAAUUCGUAUUGCCAUAUUGGAGGUUCAGAACAAAUGACAAUGUGUUGUCCAAAAGGGGAAAAAGAACCCUGUUUGCAGAACCUCGAACGUGGGAGGGGUAAUUCAGAGCUGAAGCGCUGGUAUUUCGACGGUAUUAAAAAGCAGUGUUUCUCAUUCAUAUAUCUCGGUCUGGGUGGAAAUGAAAAUAACUUUCUUUCGAAGAAUUUUUGCAGCGACGCUUGUGAAGGUAUGACCAACUUGAAAGCUAUGAACUAA